AUGCAAUAUACAGCAUGGAAAUAUGACGGUUCAAAGUCUUUGACAUAUAGAAGUGGUCAAAAGAAUGGUUCAGCGUGCUUUGCCGAUAAGUCUUGUCUCCACGGUAUUUUCAGCAUUGACAGCGUACAAAUAGGAGAUCAAAUGGUUAAACAGCAGCAGUUUGUUGAAAUUGCAACGUUCAGUGGUAGGACGAUGAAAUACUAUUCAGAUCUUGGUGUUUGCGGUUUAAGAUAUGUACCUGAAGCGGAAAAAUUUGAUUUUGAAGAGUACAAGCAAAACCAGGGUUUGUAUGAUCAAGAGACAUCCAAAUUCGUGUUUAACAAGUUUCUUAAAGCAUCGAUAGUAUAUGGUGUUGGUUAUGAAGCACCAUUAGUCAAUAAUCUAAACAUAAAACAGCAACUGUUUGGUUAUUGGAUACGACAAGACAAUCACUCAGGCACUGGUGAAAUAACUUUCGAUAAUAUUGAUAAAAAACGUUUUCAUGGAGAUUUGGUCUAUGUACCUCUAGAAUACAAUGGGAUCUGGGCUAUUCGAAUGAAUGGUAUCAAAAUUGGGAACAAAAUACUUGGUCAAAAUUCAACCGUUGGCAUCGAUACCGGUUGUGAUGCUAAUCUCGGAAAUGAAAACGAUAUUCGACUAAUAAAUGAUUAUAUUGGUGCAAUAGUGUCUGUCGCCACACCACCAGAGGAUAGGAUAAAUAAAAUAUUCGUAAAUAUCGAUUCUCUUCCACCAGUGUAUAUAGGUUUUGGAAAUAAAUGGUUUAUGAUUUAUGGUUCAGAUUAUGUAGUCAGAUCUGCUAAUGAUACGGAAUGUUAUAGUCGUUUUGUGUCAAAAGGUGACUACACUAAGGUCUGGAUGUUUGGACAAGGUCUUUUUCGUCGUUUGUAUACGGUGUUUGAUUUUGGACGAAAUAGAAUUGGAUUGGCAGAAUCUGUGUCUUAA